GGAGGAGGAGGCGGAGGAGGCGGAGGCGGCGGCGGCGGCGGCGGCGGCGAGAAGAUGGCGACUUCGAACAAUCCGCGGAAAUUCAGCGAGAAGAUCGCGCUGCACAACCAGAAGCAGGCGGAGGAGACGGCGGCCUUCGAGGAGGUCAUGAAGGACCUGAGCCUGACGCGGGCCGCGCGGCUCCAGCUCCAGAAAUCUCAGUACCUGCAGCUGGGCCCGAGCCGUGGCCAGUACUACGGCGGGUCCCUGCCCAACGUGAACCAGAUUGGGAGCGGCACCGUGGAUCUGCCCUUCCAGCCCAGCGGAUUUCUGGGGGAGGCCCUGGCAGCGGCUCCUGUCUCUCUGACACCCUUCCAGUCCUCGGGCCUGGACACCAGCCGGACCACCCGGCACCACGGGCUGGUAGACAGAGUGUACCGGGAGCGCAGCCGGCUCGGCUCCCCACACCGCCGGCCCCUGUCAGUAGACAAACAUGGACGGCAGGCAGACAGCUGCCCGUACGGCACCGUGUACCUCUCGCCGCCCGCAGACACCAGCUGGAGAAGGACCAAUUCUGACUCUGCCCUGCACCAGAGCACAAUGACGCCCACCCAGCCAGAGCCCUUUACAGGCGGGUCCCAGGAUGCACACCAGAAAAGAGUCUUACUGUUAACAGUCCCAGGCAUGGAGGAGACCACAUCGGAGACAGACAAGACCCUUUCCAAGCAGGCGUGGGAUACCAAGAAGACGGGGGCCAGGCCCAAGUCCUGCGAGGUCCCCGGAAUCAACAUCUUUCCAUCCGCCGACCAGGAAAACACUACAGCCCUGAUCCCUGCCACCCACAACACGGGGGGCUCCCUGCCCGACCUGACCAACAUCCACUUCCCCUCCCCGCUUCCGACCCCGUUGGACCCUGAGGAGCCCACCUUCCCCACACUCAGCAGCUCCAGCAGCACUGGCAACCUUGCAGCCAACCUGACACACCUGGGCGUCGGCGGCGCCGGCCAGGGGAUGAGUACACCAGGCUCCUCGCCGCAGCACCGCGCCGCUGGCGUCAGCCCGCUGUCCCUGAGCACCGAGGGGAGGCGGCAGCAGGCUCAGCAGGUGUCACCCACCCUCUCCCCGUUGUCACCCAUCACUCAGGCCGUGGCCAUGGAUGCCCUGUCUCUGGAGCAGCAGCUGCCCUACGCCUUCUUCACCCAGGCAGGCUCCCAGCAGCCGCCACCGCAGCCCCAGCCCCCGCCACCACCGCCACCCACGUCCCAGCAGCAGCCGCCCCCACCACCGCCACAGGUGCCCAUCGGCCUCCCCCCAGGAGGCCCCCUGAUGCCGAGUGCCAGCUUGACACGGGGGCCCCAGCUGCCCCCACUCACAGUCACAGUACCAUCCUCUCUCCCCCAGUCCCCCCCAGAGAACCCGAGCCAGCCGCCGAUGGGGAUCGACAUCACCUCGGCGUCCGCUCGGCAGCAGUACCGCACUAGUGCCGGCUCCCCGGCCAACCAGUCUCCCACCUCGCCCGUCUCCAAUCAAGGCUUCUCCCCCGGGAGCUCCCCGCAACACUCUUCCAGCCUGGGCGGCGUGUUUGGGGACUCGUACUACGAGCAGCAGAUGGCGGCCAGGCAGGCCAAUGCUCUGUCCCACCAGCUGGAGCAGUUCAACAUGAUGGAGAACGCCAUCAGCUCCAGCAGCCUGUACAGCCCGGGCUCGACGCUCAACUACUCACAGGCGGCCAUGAUGGGCCUCACGGGCAGCCACGGGAGCCUGCCAGACACACAGCAGCUUGGCUACCCCAGCCACAGCAGCAUCCCCAACAUCAUCCUCACAGUGACAGGAGAGUCCCCACCCAGUCUCUCUAAAGAAUUGACCAGCACACUGGCCGGGGUUGGCGAUGUCAGCUUCGACUCUGACAACCAGUUUCCCCUGGACGAACUCAAGAUUGACCCCCUGACCCUGGACGGACUGCACAUGCUCAACGACCCUGACAUGGUCUUGGCUGACCCGGCCACCGAGGACACCUUCCGGAUGGACCGCCUGUGAGCGAGCGGCACACCACUGCCCAGCCCUCGGCUCCAUCACCCCGCUGGUCAGUGGUCCCGACGGCAUCUCCC